AAACACUCUAGCUUAGUGUGUGCAAGAGAAGAAAACAAAAGUCUCUCUCUAUAUAUACAUAUAUAAAAAUCUUCACCUUCAUAUCUUUAGGCCACAAAUUAAUAUAAACAUAACUCAAAAAUAUUAUGUUACAAAAUUCUAAGAAAUUUUUCAAUAAUUGAAUAAUGGCAAAGACAAAGGUGCUUGUUGUAGGAGGAACAGGUUACAUAGGCAAGAGGAUUGUGAAGGCAUGCCUAGCACAAGCCCAUGAAACUUAUGUUCUCCUUAGGAAAGAAAUUGGCCUAGACAUUGACAAGCUCCAGAUGCUUCUCUCCUUUAAGAUGGAGGGUGCUCGCCUCGUCGAGGGCUCGUUCGAUGAUCAUCACAGCCUUGUCGAGGCGGUGAAGCUUGUAGACGUCGUGAUCUCAACUAUGUCCGGUGUUCACUUUAGAAGCCAUAACAUUUUGCUACAACUCAAGCUUGUUGAGGCCAUAAAGGAGGCUGGAAAUGUCAAGCGUUUUUUGCCAUCAGAGUUCGGUAUGGACCCAGCAAAAAUGGGAAAUGCACUUGAGCCAGGAAGAGUUACGUUUGAUGAGAAGAUGAUUGUGAGAAAAGCAAUUGAAGAUGCUCAAAUUCCAUUUACUUAUGUAAUUGCUAAUUGUUUUGGUGGUUACUUUGUUGGCAACCUUUCUCAAAUGAGCUCUCUUCUUCCUCCUAAGGAUGAUGUUGUCCUCUAUGGGGAUGGAAAUGUCAAAGCAUGCUUCAUGGACGAGGAUGAUGUUGCAACAUAUGCUGUGAAGACAAUAGACGACCCUCGUGUAGUAAACAAAACAAUUAACAUCAGGCCUCCAGAAAAUAUAUUGUCUCAAAGAGAAUUGGUUCAAAUGUGGGAGAACCUCACAGGAAAGGACCUCAACAAGCACACCAUCUCUGCUCAGGAUUUUCUUGCCCCUAUGAAAGAUGCUGAAUUAGCACACCAAGUGGGAAUAGGACAUUUUUACCACAUAUUCUAUGAAGGAUGCCUUGCUAAUUUUGAGGUACAAGAUGAUGAAGAAGCUUCAAAACUCUAUCCGGAGGUUGAAUACACUCGGAUGCAUGAUUACUUGAAACGCUACUUGUGAGAAAAUAAUAAUAAUAAUAAUAAUAAUAAUAAUAAUAAUAAUAAUAAUUAAUAAUAAUAAUAAUAAUAAUAAUAAUAAUAAUAAUAAUAAUAAGGUUUUUUAGGCCACCAUUGCCUUAAUUGCUCAAAGUGUUAUCCUUGAAUUAUGUCUUUGUUAUUCAAAAUUCUCCAUAAUAAGGUGUAAUAAAAAAAUAAAAUAAAAAAAUAAUUAUCAAAUUGGAAAUUGUUAAUUAUAUUUGUCUCAUUAUGCAGGGCCUGUUCACAUUUAUUGAACUGAGCUGAACUGAUUGAAGUUGAAUUGAACUGAACUAAGAUGAAAUGAAUAUUUUAUGAGAGAUGGAAACUAAGAGCUGAAUUGAACUGAAAUGAUUGAAGCUGAGCUGACCUGAUUGAAGCUGAAAUGAAUUGAACUGAACUGAAAUUAAGUAAAUAUGAACAGGCCCGAACUUUACGAUAUAUAAUUUUAUAAAAUCUGAUCUAAUUUGUUCUCAUUUCAUUUUGAGAAAGAUAAGUAACAAGUCCUAAAAAGCAAACUCAAUAGAAUUCAUGUAUUUUUUUUAACUUUAUAUUAACAACAACAAUAAUAAUAAUAAUAAUAAUAAUAAUAAAAAAAAAAAAAAA